AUGGCUGGCUCCUGCGGACCUUCCAAAGACUACAAGUCAGACUGGAACCGUUUUGAAAGCCAAGCCAGCACAGUUCCUCCUGAUCCAGCUGAGCACUAUAUGCGGUCGAUUAGCAGUGACAGUGCAGAGAGCGAGCGGCCAAAGGAGUACCGGGUGGAGGAGGAGGAGUCUGAGGAAGCGAAGGCCAUCUUUAACCUGGAGGAGUACGAUGACGAAAGCGCAUCCCUCCUGCAAGACUUCGGCUUCGAGGGCAACUUUGCUUCUUGGACACGGGAGAUGACGGAGUCUGCUGGCUUCGUCGGCAGUGCGGUCGUCAUGCUGUUAGUUGUCCUUUCACUGGCGAGUUCAUGGUCCUCGACGGCCGGCUCGAUCUGCUUUGCAUUGGCCAAAGUGGUAUUGAUCCUCGCAUGUUUCAGUGGCUUCUGCAUGCACCAGCUUCAGCCAGUUAAAGCGCACCCAGAGGCUUCCCCAUACACGACCGAAGGGGCCAGCUGA